AUUUCGCCACCAGAGCAAAAGUAGGAGUACAGAAACUCAUCCAGAAGGUCGGAUUCUUUGGGAUUUUAGCCUGUGCCUCUAUUCCGAACCCUUUGUUUGAUCUGGCAGGAAUAACAUGCGGCCACUUUCUGGUUCCCUUCUGGACUUUUUUUGGUGCAACGCUCAUUGGAAAAGCAGUCAUCAAAAUGCACAUUCAGAAACUGUUUGUGAUCGUCACCUUCAGCAGACACAUCGUGGAGCAGAUGGUCACCCUCAUCGGAGCUGUUCCACUGCUGGGUGCGGCACUGCAGAAGCCCUUCAGGGACUACUUGGAGGCCCAGAAGGCCAAGCUGCACCAUCGCGCCGGCGAGGGGAUCCCAACUGAGGAGAGCUGGCUGUCAUGGCUCUUUGAGAAGGUUGUGGUCUUCAUGGUAUGCUUCUUUGUCUGCUCCAUUGUCAACUCGAUGGCCCAGAGCUACGCCAAACGCAAGCAGCAGGAGAAGUUCUCAGCAGGCAAAAUGGACUGAAGGCCGGCCCGCCGUCACGUCGAAGCGUCAGGAGCCCCGCUGCUCCUGGGCCCCACAUCUGCCCCUGAUAGCCCACCUUCACCCCUAGACAAAUAUCAGCCUCCGUCUGGUUUCUGUCUUGUUGUUGUAGCAACAUGUUUAUGUCGAACUUGGACU